GAUAUAAGAUGAUUUCAAUGUUUUCUAGAUCCCCCUUGUCUCCUUUAGGUUGAUCUUCUCUUUCAACUUAAGAGAAGAAUUGUCAUCCUCCAUUAUCUGAUUAAACUUAAUAAGCGGUAGGCUUUUUCUCUUUCCCGCGGUGUUGCAGAAAUAUAGAGGGAAAGGGGUGAGAAGGGAAGUUAAGCGGUGAGCGAGAUGCAGAAGGAAGCCACCGAAGCGCUGAAGAAAGGCCAACCCCAUCGACAAACCCUUCUCUCUUAGUCUUUGUAGUUGGAGAAAACUCAGAACACUCAUCUGACAAAACUACGUUCCGUGGUAUUAACUCUCUUUCGGUGCACACCAGGUGCUUGAUGUUUUAAUUUUUGUGGGAAGGCUAAAAAUUGAUGAGAUCCAACAUAUUCUAUACGUCCCAGAUGAGAAUAACCACAUUUUGGACGUCCAUACUCCCAUAGGAUUGUGGAAUUGGUUCUAACCAGUUCUGCACAACCCAGUGCAGCCUGGAUUCUUCCAUUAAGAGAUCUCAAUUACAGUUUUCUCUGUUUAUUUAAUCCCUUUUGUAAAACUAGUCACGGUUUGGCUACGUACUUUACUCACCAAUAACUCUAAGUCAGUGGGGUUUUUCUACAAUUUGCACAUUAUGCAUUAACAUUCAUCAUAAUCUCCAAUUAUGUCUUCUUCAUAGUUUCCAUUGAAAAGUUAGCGUGUUAUGCAUCAUUCUCUAUUACAUAGUGGUGGUUAACUUGAGAAGCAUCAAACUUUUGCUCAACUGAUUUGUUAUGUUUCUGAACUAACUUACAAUAUAAUUUAUAGAGUGAUCACUAUUAUGGUCUUCAAGAAGUCUCAAUGUACGUCAAGCAGCUCUUCCGAAAAUUAUGUCUAUUUAACAAUCCAAUGCAGCAAACUCGAUACUUUACCCAUAACCCUUUCUCUGGUAAAAUCUCUCUUUACCUCCAUCGAGCCAGACUCAUUGAUUCAAUUCGACUCAUUCUCCGCUCCAACGCUCCAAGAUCGCUCAUCCCUCUCUUAAAUGAUCCCACUGUUGACUCUUUUGUGGUUGCUAAUGCCCUUCAGUCUGCUCCCUCACCAGACUCUGCCCUUUCCCUGCUUGAAAUCCUAAAAACAAUUCCACAUUUCUGUCACACCCAAGCCACCAUACGUGCACUGGCCAAAAUCCUUGCCAAGUCCCAACGAAGUGCUGAACUCAAAAGCUUGGUUGAUGACAUCAACGCAGGCAAAUUUUGGAAUGUUCGUAUCAGCUUUAUGGAGCUCAUGAAGUGGCAUGCUGCAGCUGGAGACCUGGAGUCAGUUCUCCAUGCAUGGAACAGAUAUAGAGUUUCAGGCAAGCAGGUGUCUAUAGAGGCUUACAACAUUGUCAUGCGCCUUUAUGUACAGAUGGGUAAGGACUCUGAGGCUAUGCAGAUUUUCCAUAAGAUUAUUUCUGAAGGGGCAAUUCCUAAUUCUAGGACAUACACAGUUGUGCUUGAGCACCUUGCCAACUCGGGAAAAUUAGAUUCAGCAAUUAAAGUUUUUAAUAUAUUGCCAUUGAUGAGGAUCAGACGCACUUUAAGGCAGUAUUCAAUUUUGGUAGAAGAAUUCACCAGUAUCAAUCGGUUUGAUGUGGUUAAGGCCUUACUUGAUGAGAUGCAGAUUGAUGGAAUAUUGCCCGGUAGAGCAAUGCAACUGUCAUUGCAACGUAUGCAGGAGGCAGGUUUCGUCCACGAGACAGAUGAAUUUCUUAGGGGAAUGUUACCAGAUGAGAGAAUCAAGAAUGUAGGCUUUUGUGUGGAUAGUAGUGAUGACGAUGACGAUGAGAAUAAUCAUUCUAGUGAUGAUGCUGGUGUGGAUGGGGUUCAGUUGAAACCAUGGUUGGAUCCUAGAGCUUUGGCCAAUGCCUUAAAUAAUUGGGACCCUAAUGAGGUAUUAGCCCUGGAGGAAGCAAAAUUCAUCUGGACAACUCGGUUGGUUUGCAAGAUCCUUAGGAAUUUCAAUUCCCCUGAGACAGCUUGGAAAUUCUUCUGUUGGGUUGCUUAUCAGCCAGGAGGAUUCAAUCAUAACAUUUAUACUGUGCAAAGAAUGAUGACCCUUUUAGCACGCCAUGGACAUGUUGAAUUGGUUGAAAAGCUCCUGCUCAAAAUAAGAAGGGAGGAAAUUAGAUUGCCAGUCAGCACCAUCAGAUUGAUCAUAGACUUUUAUGGAAUUUCAAGGAAUGCCGAUGCUGCUCUAAAGGUCUUCCAUGAUGCUGAAUCACUGUGCGGUCCCAUGUCAAAAUUAUAUUUGAUGCUGUUGUAUUCAUCUCUUUUACGAACAUUGACCAAAUGUGGGAGGAGUGCUGAUGCCUUGGAUGUACUUGAGCAGAUGUUUUUGGGUGGGAUUUGCCCGGAUGUCCCAACAUUUUCUGGGUUGAUGUACCAUUUUGCCCUUGAAGGCGAUUUUAAAACAGUGCAAAAACUCUUUAUGAUGGUUAGGCAGAGUGGUGUAGAGCCAGAUGCCUACAUGUUUAAGGUUCUGAUCCAUGGAUAUUGUAAGUGUGAGAGAUCUGCUCUUGCAUUGAGGGUUUUUGAAGACAUGAGGAGCUUGAAUUUGAUGCCCGAUGCUGCCACCAAAAAUUUGCUUGUGAAGUGUCUUUGGAAGGAAGGCAGGCGGAGGGAGGCUGCUUCUGUGGAGGAGAGAUGUGAAGAGAUAAAUUACGGCCUUCCAUUUGCAUUACGUGGUCAUAUGUGGACAAUGAGCUCAGCAGACCUCAAAAGAGUGUAUGAUAUUUAUUCCAAUAGCUUUGCUGCAGCCAAAGGGCCAAAUUUACAAAUGGAGUUGGGAAGUAAGCACUGAUCUACCUUAACGUUGAACAUACUGCAACUUCAUGAGUCCCAAAAAUUUUUACCCUCUUUGAAAGUUUAAUUUUUGAUUGCUCUGUUGUCUUGGCAUUUUUCAUAGUGUUGGCUGGUAAUGGAUUUAAGUCUGUUAUCUUUUGGUGA